AUGGGAGCGGCCACGGUGUGGGCGCUGCCGGCCCGGUGGUACAGCGACCCCGAGAUCUACCAGGCCGAGCGACGUCACAUUUUCUCACGCCAAUGGCUCUGGAUCGGCCGCGAGGCGGAACUCGCCGAGCCAGGUCAAUACAUAACGGCGGCCCCCGCCGGGUUCCCUCUCUUCGUGCGCCGCGGCGAGGACGGUGCGUUGCACGGCUUUCACAAUGUCUGCCGGCACAGGGCUUCCAAGCUGCUCACGGAAUCCAGCGGGCGCUGCGACACCAUCGAGUGCCCCUAUCACGGCUGGCGUUAUCGUUCCGACGGCGCCCUGGAUCAUGUGCCGCUGUUCGGCGAGGCACCGGAUUUUCCAAAGGACGAGCUGUCCCUGUUCUCCAUUUCCGUCGACGUCUGGCGUGGCCUCCUCUUCGUGUGCCUGGACCCGGACGCACCGCCACUCAUCGAAUGGCUCGGUCCGAUCGAAGACAUCGUCGAGCGGACCGCACCGGCGCAGGCCAGUUUCGGGCGAGAGCUGGUGUUUGUUGCCGACUGCAAUUGGAAGACCUAUGUCGACAAUUACCAGGAGGGGUAUCAUAUCCCCCCGCUGCACCCGGGAUUGAACCGUGAUCUCGACUGGAAGCGCUACAGAGUCAUCAAUUUCGACGGCGGCAGCCUGCAUGACGGGCCGCCGAAGGAUCGCUCGACCCAUCCCGGCGCUUUCGGUUGGCGUUUCCCCAAUUUUGCGUUCAACUCGUACCCCGACGGGCUUUCCUUCAUGCGGAUGGAGCCGGUCGGCCCGCGCCAGACGCGCCUCGUCUACGACUACUGGCGGCCGGACUCGGUCAGCCAAGAGGACUUCGAGGCGACGAUCGCCUACGGCGUCCAGGUGUCGGAGGAGGACCAAUGGAUCACGCCGAUCAUUCAGGAGAACCUAGAGGCCGGCGUGUACGAUCAAGGCCCGCUCAGCCCGCGCCACGAGAACGGCGUGCACUACUUUCACGAAAUGGUGCGGCAGGCGAUGGGCUCCGCAGCGUAA